CUCAUGACGAUGUCUAUUGGCCACCCAUUUUAAGAGACAAAGGUCGGAAAGAAGGGCUUAUAAAUUAAAUUUAUCGCGACACAUCCAAUUCAUCGUCGCACGAGACCCAAGAGACCAGGCACUGCUAAAGGAAUAAAUCAAGAAAAAUCAGAGGAGAAUCAUGAAGAAGGUGUCUACAUUGUACUGCGUCAUUGCUAAGACUAGGGCACAUCGCUGGCAACCAGCCAUCUUCUCCUCCUACAACGAAACUCUGUUUUUGUCUUUCUCUUCUUUUUGCCAUGAAUGAGUCAAACCCCAAAGUGUUUAGCUGUCCAGCUCCACUCCCCCAUCACCAGAACUCCCUCCUUUUUCUGGCCUCAAGGCAAUUUAAAGGUUGCACCUCAGUCCAAGAAAGUGGCAAGAACCCCUAACCCUUGCAGUGGUAUGUUUUUGGGUUCAUUCUCUUUCUGGGAACUGAGCAGUGCUCACUGAACAUCUUAGUCAAGCUGGACCAUCUACCUGCUUCUGAUUCCAUGUCUUCACUAGAGGAUGAGCUAAACUCCGACAGCAUGGCACAAAAAGAGAAGCUUCAAUGUCUGAAGGACUUCCAUAAGGACACUCUGAAGCCGUCCCCGGGGAAAAGUCCCGGCACCCGACCUGAAGAUGAGGCUGAGGGCAAACAUCCUCAGCGGGAGAAGUGGGCCAGCAAGCUUGACUUUCUUCUGUCUGUGGCUGGAGGCUUUGUUGGUUUAGGAAAUGUCUGGCGUUUCCCAUACCUCUGCUAUAAGAAUGGUGGUGGUGCAUUUCUCAUACCGUACUUCAUUUUCCUGUUUGGUGGAGGCCUGCCUGUGUUUUUCUUGGAGGUGGCUCUUGGCCAGUUCACCUCUCAGGGAGGAAUCACUUGUUGGGAAAAGAUUUGCCCCAUCUUUACUGGUAUCGGCUACGCUUCCAUUGUGAUCGUUUCCCUACUGAACGUCUACUACAUUGUGAUUUUGGCUUGGGGCUUGUACUACCUGUUCCAGUCCUUCCAUCCUGACAUUCCCUGGGCCAGUUGCAAUAAUAAAUGGAACACAGACAACUGUAUAGAGGACACACUUCGCAAGAACAUGAGCCUUGCCAAUGCUACCAACUUCACGUCACCAGUCACCGAGUUUUGGGAGCGCAAUGUCCUCAGUAUUUCGGAUGGUAUUGAGAACAUAGGCCCUGUUAAAUGGGACCUGGCUCUGUGUCUCCUUGCUAUGUGGGUCAUCUGUUUUUUCUGCAUAUGGAAGGGUGUCAAGUCCACAGGAAAGGUUGUGUACAUCACAGCAACCUUUCCAUUUGUCAUGCUGGCUAUUCUUCUGAUCAGGGGUGUCACACUUCCCGGGGCAGCCGAGGGCAUCAAAUUCUAUCUGUAUCCAAAUGUCACUCGUCUGCAGGAUCCUGAGGUUUGGAUUGAUGCAGGGACACAGAUUUUCUUUUCCUAUGCCAUUUGUCUGGGAGCAAUGACAUCACUGGGGAGCUACAACAAGUACAAAUACAACUGCUACAGGGACUGUUUGCUGCUGGGAGGCCUGAACAGCGCUACAAGUUUUGUGUCUGGCUUCGCAAUAUUUUCCAUCCUGGGCUUCAUGGCACAAGAGCAAGGGGUGGACAUUGCUGAUGUGGCAGAGUCAGGUCCUGGCUUGGCCUUUAUUGCUUACCCUAAAGCUGUGACAAUGAUGCCACUGCCUACAUUUUGGGCCAUUCUCUUCUUCAUCAUGCUUCUGCUACUAGGUCUCGACAGUCAGUUUGUUGAAGUGGAAGGACAGAUCACCUCAUUGGUGGAUUUGUAUCCAUCCUUCCUACGGAAGGGUUACCGUCGAGAAAUCUUCAUAGCUAUAAUAUGCUUUGUAAGCUACCUGCUGGGACUUGCCAUGGUCACUAAGGGUGGCAUGUAUGUGUUUCAGCUCUUUGACUACUAUGCAGCCAGUGGUGUGUGCCUUUUGUGGGUUGCAUUCUUUGAAUGCAUUGCAGUAGCCUGGAUUUAUGGUGCUGAUAAUUUCUAUGAUGCAAUUGAGGACAUGAUCGGAUACAGACCAAAUCCUUGGAUGAAGUGGUGCUGGACUGCAAUCACACCUUUUCUUUGUGUGGGAUGUUUCAUUUUCUCUUUGGUCAAAUACAAGCCUCUGACGUACAACAAAGUCUAUGAGUAUCCAGACUGGGCCAUUGGUUUGGGCUGGACCCUCGCCCUUUCCUCCAUGAUUUGCAUACCUAUGGUGUUUGUGAUCAAGAUCAUUCAGUCUGAGGGCCCUCUAAUUGAGAGGAUUAAAGCAGUGGCAGCUCCAGUGCGAAGCAGUACAAAUUCAUGUCCUCAGGAGUACCGACCGAAGGGCUCAGAACAGGCACAUCCCCUUGACCCUAACGGGAACAACGGCUUGAUCAAGCCCAGCCACACUAUUGUAGAAACCAUGAUGUGAGCGCUCUCUGUGAGAGAAUCCAAUCACCUGCUUUCCAUGUAUAUAUAUAAAAAAAAAAAAUGUUGACAUAGUCGUAGGACCAGGUUUACAUAUCUACAUAUCUGCACUAGAAUUUCUUUCCCUUUUCUUUCUCUUUUUUUUUAAACAGAGGAAAUUACUCUUGUUUUUGACAGUGUCUGCUUUUAAUAUUUUAUCAUAACAUUGUUACUAUUAUUAUAAUCUUAUUACUAUUAUUACUGUUGCUGUAAAUAGAGAAUAUAUUGAUUUACAUACACAAACACCAGUAUCUCAAAAUAGUCAAAAAAAAUCUUUUUUUUUCUUCUUUUUUUCCUUUUCUGUAAAUAAUUAAGUUUAAAAGAUUUAUUGUUGGAGUGGACAAACAGACCAAUUAAGUGCUGCAAAUAUAUAUAGUGUUUAAAAAGUAACAUUAGUGUAGCUAGACAAAAAAAAGUGUCUUGGUGGACAUUUUUUGGUAAGAUAUAUUUAUUUAUUUGCGUAAAAUUGCAAAUAAUUGGAGUUUUAAAACAGAGACACUACUCUAUUGUCUGGUGUUAGUUUACCACACUGAAUCUACCACUGCACAUGCGGGAGGAGUUAAGACAUCUAACUUACUGUGAGCAUCUUUGAAAAGCACAAAUGGUCACACUAAUUCUUAACAUACUGAUCUAGUACAAUAAUCUUUACUUUAUAACAUCCAUCCUGUCCACCAGUUAUUCUCAUGGGUCUGUAUUCAGUGUUGAAAUCCAAAUGAUACGUCAAUAUUUACAAGAUGAAAUGUAAGCAUAUUUGGAGAUCCUCAUUUAUGUUAUGCAAUUUACUUACAUGGUUGCCAGAUUGUUCCUAAGCAGGAGCGUCUACAACAGGGUUUUUAUUUAGUGUUUAGGCCAAUGACUUUAAACAGAACAUCUUUAAUCCUAAAGAAUUAAAUAUGUUAAAUGUUAAGUGUAACAAAAACACAAAGAGACCAUUUAAAAAUUCAAACCAAAAAAGAUUAACCAAACCAAAAAGACGCAUAUAAAAUAGCACUUGAUCCAGCACCUCGAUCCAACACAUUGUGCAAACUGUGCACACCAUUUAAUAGACCGGGUGUUUGAUUAACAAAAUCAAUAUUGAAUCUGUUCUUGUUAAUUCGAUAUGCUGUCCUGUUAAAAUUUAAAACAAACAAACAAACAAAACAAAAACGGACAAACAAACAAAAAGGUUUUAAAGAUAAGCUGACUCAGUACUCAUCUGCUAUGUUUAUAAUUAAUAGGAAAAUCAAAAUUUAAAAUGCCACAUUUUAAAAUAUGACCGUCAAUAAUGGCUUGUAUUUAUGGAUCAAAACACAAAUUUCAUUGUAACAUGAAUCUGUCUGACAGUGACACUGCUGCCCACUCAAACCAAAAUUGUACUUAAGCCUACGGUUAAGAAAAAUUUGUAAGCAAGCCGGAACUUUCGUAGGCAACUUUCACACCUGAAAAAUAUUUAAUCUCACCUUGUCUAUGUUCUGGACACCCGGCUGCAUUAUUUUGGCAUUAUUAAUCCUCAUUAAGUGUGCAUUACUCAACUCUGAAUACAGCCCAGCUUCCUUUUUUUUGCAUAGUUCCUGCAUUGGUGUAAUUAGAUGCCCAAACAAAUUCAGUUCUACCCACAUUUCAACAGUCACUAAAUAUCCCACAGACAAUUAUUUAAAUACAUACUGAGACUGGCAUGUUAAAACAUGAAAUUUUUCUUGCCCAAGCUUUUGUGUCAUACCAAUUCAAAGGUAGUAUUUUAUGGUCAGAUCUAAGCUGUUUGUACAUUUCAUCCUUUUAUUUUUCACUGCCUUUUGUAUUCUUAAUAUUAAGAUUGUACUUGGCUUCUGUCAGCAAUUAUUAUUUUUUUAUAGGACAAAAUUUUAUAUAGAGCUUUUAAUCAGUGCAAUUGGUGGAAUUUGUAACGUGCAAUACUUCAUAGGAUGAUAUGCAUUAUAUCUGUCUUUUAAAAAGAUGGUACUUGCAGUGAAAUUUCUUUAUGAAAAAAUAACAGGAAACAUCAGGCACAUUAGGGGCCAACUGAUCAUUGCAAGGUAACACCAAACUAAAAAAAAAAUGUAGUUACUGUGAUACUUUACAUAAUUUAGUAUUUUAAAAAGAAAUUCUAUGACUUUUCUAUUAUUUUAUCUGUAAAAUAACACACAUCAAUCUUCUCUUAUCUUAUUAUAUGAUUUUUCAUAGCCUGAUUUUAACUGAUAUAUGACUUAGUUAAACAUUGUAGCCAAACAACUUUAUUUGGUUGUUAGUCAUGAAGGCAGAAGUGUUUUUUGACCUUCCCUGAAGGAACAGUUUAAGCGCUGCUUUUUUGAAAAAUGGCUUAAUUGAAAAUCAAAUAAUAAGAUCUAGUGCAAGAAAUUUUCCAACUCAGUCGCAGUCCAGAGAUUAAUGGAAUAUUCCUGUUUAGUUUAUUUUUUUUGUCCUAAUCUUUUGUUCCACUUUUCACUUUACUGAGAAAAGAAGUGAGAGUAGUUCUUAGAUAUUCCGUUUUCAUCAGUAUAGGGAAUAGUGGAAGCUGUUGUUGCUGAUUUCCCUCAAGCUAUGGGUGCCGUAUCACGGUUUAAAAAAUCUGGAAUAUUCCGUUUAUUCUCAUGAUCUGAUCCUAAUGCAGAAAGAGAGAGAGAGAGAGAGAACGAUUUCUCAAAACUUUUUACACCUAUAUGGUUUGGCAAAGUGUCGGUGUAAUCCAUGAGAACAUUUGAAAAGUUCUUUAUUUUUUAAUUUUUGAUGAUAACUUGGAAGCAAAACUGUAUUUAAAAGAUUUUGGAGUACCUAAAACAUUUUUUAUUUCUUAAUAAACAUUUAUUUUUGAAACAAAAAAAUGAAAAAGACUCCUGCUUUUGCUGAACAUUUUGCUGAGGUGAACUUCAAUCAUUCAGAUUGUUGGAAUGUAACUCAGUCCUACCUUUGUGUUCAUAAAGGCAUUGGAGUGACACAAUACCACACAGUGUCUCUUUAACGUGACCCAACAACACUUGUUAAAAUAUGGCUUGUGAGGACACAACCAGAAGUGCCAUAUUAGGUCAUGGAAAAUUUGUCCAGGAUAAAACUGAACAUUUUGUAAAUGUACAUCUUCAUUGUGUUUAUAACAGUGUUACUGUUUCAAGGGUCACUCAGAGUUGCGUUGAGACAAAAGGCCUGAUCCUUUUUUCCCCAGCUUCUGCUGUAGUAGUGAUCUGAUUUGAAACAGAUUGAUAGCACCCAAGGGAUAAGAAAUCGGGAGAGUUUGCAAAAAUGCACAAAACUUCCCAAGCUUAACUUGUAGAAGAUGAAUCGUUUCUUUCUCAGGGUACAUGUGAUUAAUGAGUCAGAUUCCCAAUGGAGAUGGAAAUCUGCUUUGUUUAUUAUCAGGCCAUGGAAAUUAUAACCAUCCCAUUGUGGUUUUGGCAUAAAUAAUUUAAAAUCUUGUGCUAAAAAUAAGUGUGUGUUUUUAUCCAUAGUACCGAUUUGUUCAAAUUUGUUUUAAGGCACAUUGGGGUAAAUUGUGACCCCUUCUGGACUAAAAUAUUAGUCUUAUCUAUUCUGUUUUUUGGAUCGUUACCCAUACAUGUGAGGCAAAAUAGAAUCCAGACUUAUAGUUGAGUGUAUAAAGUUUUAGCAACCCACUCAAAGGCUUGGGCAUUCCUCAACACACUAUUUUCUGUUGUCUAGCAGGACACGUCCACUGCCUAUAUGACAUUUUUUGGAAAUCAAUAGACAAUUUCAUUUUUGUGGCCGAUCAGGCAACCUUGAAUCUAGACAACAGUAAAGAUGUCCUGGGUAUUGAAUAGAAAGUUUAGUUUAGCAAACCAGUUUCAGCAUCUGUGUAGAAACAUCAGAAUUACCCAGCCCUUUAUUCUUACACCAUAAAACUGUUGCAUUCUCAAUUCUGAUUGGUCACAAGGUGUUAGUUAAUUUACAGCAACUCUGACAAUAGUGCAGUUGUAAGGUUUAUAUUAAUGCGUUCUUUCUAUUAGACCUACAUUAUCAUUUCUCUAAUAAAAACCACUACAGGUUUACUGUACCUACUGGUGGAUUUAAAUCACUUUGGAUAUAUUGAGGUUUUGUGUUUAACCGUUUUGGAAGGCGUCCUCGGUGUCACAAAGAAUCUAGGGAAUUUUAUAACUGUUGUAAUAUAAGUGAUUACAGGAACUAGUCAAUUUUAUGGACUUUUCACAAUAUUACAAGUAACUCUAAAUGGAUAAAUGUUCUUUAAAUAACAACAAUUAAAAAAAAUAAUAAUAACUGGAAAAUUGUUGUGGUUUGAGGACUAAUAAAAACACUUCAGAAUGUGCUUGUAUAUGAAAGUAAUCCACUUUCUGUAGUACAGUAACUGUCCUAGGAUCAAUCUGUCUCUGAUUAUUUUAUUUAAAAAAAAAGCAUUUUAUUCCUUACUCUGUAAAUGUUUUACAGAUACACAACCACCAUUUUCAUUCCCCAAUAAAGCACUGUGGUAGUGGGAUCUCAGCAGCAUAUCGUACAUAGCUGAUUCUCAGACGCUAUAAUCUUCUGUUUCUCAAAAUAAACCUCACUGUCUUGCAUCGAACAAUCCAAAUACCAAUUGUUGUUAGCUUCACUGUUUACCAUUGACUUCAGUGAUAUUUGGAGGAUUGGCUUUACUAAUGUUUUUUCAUUUUAUUUAUCGUAACACGGAUCAUCAUACUGUAUCUAUUUUUUUCUCGAAGAAUUGCAAUACACAUUUUAGGAUUACUUUUACAGAUAUAUACAAAGUUAUACUAUAUAAUAAAAUAUAAUCCGGACAAAAAUAUAGUUUUGGUUUGCAGUGAUCAAAGUCUCUUUCUUUCUUUUUUUGAUCUUACAUCUUUAAAUUUCAUACUUGUAUAAUAGGUAAAAAGAAUGGACAGAUAUGAAAUUCUAUAUUAUUAAUAGAAAAUCACCUGUUAUCACAAAUCCAUUAACUAUGCAUAAUAAAUUUGACUGUAUUUGUAAUUUUUCAGACACAGAUUUUUAAAGAUACCAUUGGAAAGAUUAUUUCUUGAUAUUAUGUAGAAAUGUUUAACUCUCUGCCUUUGAAUGAGGUACAUCCAGAUUAGUUCAUACACUGUAUUUAUAUACAAUCUAUUGAUUUAAUCUUAUUCACUGUCAUUUUUACUUUGUUAUUGCACCAAUGAACAAUAUUUUUCUUAGGCAUUUAAGUUGUUUUCUUUUUUUUUGUUUUUGUUUAAUAAUCCAUAAAAAUGAAACUAUAUAUUGCUAAUAAAGUUUGAUAAACAACAAUAUAAUAACAGUAUGUUGAUGAGCUGUAAUCACAAUAAAAAUAAAACAAAUAUGAAAUCA